AUGCCUCCGCUCGCCAUCGUGUCCACCCCAGGGCCGCUCUCGUGCUUGACCCGCCGUCGCACCUCCCCACGUGGCGCGGAUGACACCCGUGCCCUGAUCUACCGUCCACGUCGAGACGUGAAGGAAGUUCGUGGAAUUGGACUGUCACGGUCAAAGCUUGAGCGUGCAGACUUGGGUCGGAAGAUUCAUCCUGUUGUUUCUCGUCUGUGUGCUUCCAUUCAGGGUACUAGUCCAGCUCGUCUGGCUGAAUGUCUGGGACUUGAUUCGGCUAAGUUCCAAUCAAGAGUGACUGAGUCUAGCAAUCAAGAUACAUCUACGAUGCUAUUAUAUGUAAUCGAUGAUGAAGAUGAGAGAUAUCGUGGUUGUGAGCCACUACGUUUAUCAUGCCCAAGUUGUUCGGGUACCUUCGACUGCCCUCAUGUAUCUAGUCUGAUUACUAGUUCUACAAGUGUAUCAGAUCCAAAUGAUGUAUUGUGCAAGACCUUGUUGGAUGAUGUACUGUGCAAGACAAGAUUGUUGUUAUAUAUGUAUUGA